UUGAAAAUUAAGUAUGAGAGGGGAAAAUACAGAUUUUCCAAGAAUCAUGCCCCAAAGAAUCGGGAGGAUGAAAGCACUGUCUGCUUCUCCAAAUGGAGCAAUACUAAGAGUCCUUGGCCCUGAUUGGUGGAUGACUUUACUUGCUUCCCUAAUUAUAAUAGUGGGGUUUAUCCUAACAGUCAUAGUGAUUUUAUCUUAUGAUUCGUUUAUUAUAAAGACUUGUUGCAUUCUCUUUGCUACUCUCUUCUUUUUUGCUAUUAUCUGGAGCCUUCUUUCAUUGGCUACAACUGAUCCAGGCAUAAUUCCCAGAUCUGAUAAAAGAGUGACUAUUAAGACUGAAUUUUACAUGACUUUAAAAGACGUUGAGACUUUUGAUAAAGACGCAGACGGUAUCGAUCUCAAAAUAUGACGCACAUGAAUGAUUGUUCGCCCUCCAAGAAGCUUCCAUUGAUCAAAAUGUAAUACCUGAAUUGAAAUGCAUGAUCAUCAUUGACCUUGGGUUGGACAAUGAGUUGGACUCAGGAACAAUAAAAAGUUUUUCGUUUUCUUGCUUACAACAGGAAUUGGAUCUUUAUGAGGAUCAAUGCUGUGCUUACCUCCUUUAAUAGAGAGAUCAGAUGCCAUAUUUCUUGGAGAUACAUCGCUCCAAGAUACUGUCUUCAAGGUUGCGAUAUUUACAGGAAUGUUCACGUUCUCAAUGGGAUGAACCCUGAUUGUGUUUUCUAUAUGCCAUUUACUUCAAGUUAGCAAGAAUCUUACAACGAAUGAGUCUAUCCGAGAAAUUUAUCAGGAUACUCCGAAUCCUUUUAAUAAAGGCUGCAGCGAGAAUAUGCAUUUGUUCUGGUCAGUUUAUCCAAAAUCACCUUCAAACCUAGUUGAUAAAGGAGAAAAUUCAAAUGAAUAUUACUCGAAAAUCUUGCAAAGAUAUGGAGAAGUUCAUGCUAGAGCAACUCAGGACCAACAAAGCACUAGACAACAAGUUGACCUUGAAGAUUUUAGAAACUAUCGAUAUGGACCUAUACGAUUGUAUGAAGAUUAA